GCGCUCAGGGGGAGAAUAAGGUGGUGGCCCUGCUGUUGGGGGCGGAGCCAGAGAAGGUGUGUGCCAUGCCUGACCCCGCCCUCCCCGACAGUGACAUCAAAGCCCUAACGACCCUGUGUGACCUCGCCGACAGAGAGCUGGUGCUCAACAUCAGCUGGGCCAAACACAUACCAGGUUUCUCCAGCCUCUAUCUGUCUGAUCAGAUGAGUCUCCUGCAGAGCGCGUGGAUGGAGAUCCUCAUCCUGCGUGUGGCUUUCCGCUCGCUGCCCUGCGAGGACAAACUGGUGUUUGCGGAGGAUUACAUCAUGGAUGCUGAACAGGCUAAAUCAGCAGGUCUGCUGGAGCUCCACAAGGCCAUAUUACAGCUGGUGCGCAGGUACAGGUCCAUGAGGCUGGAGAGAGAAGAGUUUGUCACUCUGAAAGCCAUUGCUCUCGCCAACUCAGACUCGAUGCAUAUAGAGGACGUGAAGGCAGUUCAGGGUCUGCAGGACUCUCUCCAUGAAGCUCUUCUGGAUUAUGAGUGUGUCCAUCACAGGGAAGACCCUCGACGGACGGGGAAACUCAUCAUGACCCUUCCACUCCUCCGCCAGACCUCCGCCAAAGCCGUGCGGCACUUCUGCAGCAUCAAGCAGGACGGACGCGUCCCCAUGCACAAACUCUUCCUGGAACUUCUGGAGGCAAAUGUCUGAUCCUUUACCUGAUUGGACCGUCAAACAGAGGUGACACGCUCCUCCUGCACACGAUUGGAUGAAGGAUUAUUCACGAAUCCAGGGAAAACCACAGGCGCUUGUCAUUGUCAUGACACGUAACAAUAAUACAGCAUAUUCUCAGACAAAUACAGUUUGUUUUAUAUAGUUGAG